CUCGCACGUUCGUUCGUUCGUUCGUUCGUUCGUUCGUCCGUCCGUACGUACGUGCGCGCGUACCCGUGGCGCGGGUUUUACCACGCGUGUGUCCGCCGCCACUGCCGCCCUCCACCUUUUCCCCCCCGAUUCCGUCGCGGGUACGUUCAUUCGCGAGGGAGCGCGUAACGUCGCGCCUCUCCGCUCCGCGCGCCAGCCACCUCGUUCUCGGACGCGACACUUGCCCCCGCGAAGCGAGCAUCGUCUGCUCUGCCUCCUCCAGCACACGGACCAGCGUCGCUCCACCAUCGCUCGUCCUGCUCGCGCGCGCUCGUCCGCGUUUUGCCCCUCUCUCUCUCUCUCUCACAUACAUACACAUACACUCUGCCCCCUCGCCAUCCAGGCCUCCCCUGCUCCAAUCAGGAGGCAAGAAAAGAGCGAGAGAGAGGGUGUGCGGAGUACGUGUGGUGUACAUCAUCCGACUUGACUGUGUGCCGCUGGUGCGCGCCGUCUGCUCUCUGUACUCUGUAAUUCCCGUGAGCGUGCGUGUGCGGGCGCGCGCGCGCGCACGGCUGGUGUGCGUGUGUGUGUGUGUGUGCGUGCGUGCGCGUGUGUGCGGGUUACGUGCGCGCAACGAGCGAACCAAGAUGGCCGCCGAUUCAGGAAUGGAGACGUGUCCCUCCCCGGAGAUUGCGGACUCCAGAAAGCGGCCGCUCGACUGCGACGCGGAGAACGGCGCGACCAAGAGGUCGCACUACGGAUCAGGGGGAGAUGGAACGUAUCACCUCAAAGUGUUGGUCCCCGGCGUGGCGGCCGGGGCUAUUAUCGGCAAAGGUGGAGAUACAAUUGCUCAACUUCAAAAGGAUACAGGGGCAAGGGUGAAAAUGUCUAAAUCGCAUGAUUUUUACCCAGGAACUACCGAGAGAGUAUGUCUCAUCACAGGCACCGUAGACGCCAUUAUGGAGGUCAUGGAGUUUAUCAUGGACAAAAUACGCGAGAAGCCCGAUCUCACUGCGAAGACUACGGUUGACUUCGACUCUGGUAAAACCACUGCGGAGAGGGACAAGCAGGUCAAAAUUUUAGUGCCUAACAGCACUGCGGGGAUGAUAAUAGGAAAAGCUGGAAAUUAUAUUAAACAAAUUAAAGAAGAAUCUGGUUCAUACGUUCAGAUCAGUCAGAAGGCUAAGGACCUGUCCCUUCAGGAGCGAUGUAUAACGGUGAUUGGUGAGAAAGAAAAUAAUCAUAGGGCGUUACACAUGAUCUUAGCGAAAGUGGCGGAUGAUCCGCAAAGCGGAACUUGUCUUAAUGUCAGUUACGCGGACGUAAGUGGCCCCGUUGCCAACUAUAAUCCAACAGGCAGCCCGUACGCUCAAGCUCCCACAAGCACUCCCACAUACACAUCUACAGCUGGUCUAAAUACAGUGAGUCUCUUGAAUGGCGCUGGUUUGAGUCUUAAUCUGAACCUGGGCGCGGCUAUCACCACCGGCACGGCACCGGUGACGUCGCAGCUGCUGGAGCACAUAAAGCUGAAUCUACGUACGACAGGUUUCUCCGAUACCGCCGCCUCGGAGAUACUCUCCGCGAUCGCGACCCUCGCCAAGUACAAUAUCCUCGGGAUGGGAAUCGGGAUGCCAUCGAGUAUGAGCUACUUGGGCAAUCCGAUGGACAGUACGACAACCGCGAACGGCUCGAACAACAACGGCGGUGUUUUCGGACCGAUCGGGACCUUGCCUGCGCUCGGGUCAACCUCACCGACGCCGCGCAACACCCUCGAUCGGUACGAGCCGUUCGAUCCGUUCCGGCAGAACAACACCGCCGCCAGCGCGAUACACCUCAACAACAAUUCGUUCGGCCUGGGCACUAACCAGUUAUCACUUGUAAAGUAAAGUGCUUGCGACAACAUGCAAAAAGUGUUCGGCCAACGCAAGGAGAGAUCGAGGAAGGAAACAGGAGCUUUGUCAGUGUGCACGAUUAAAUUUAACAUGCCCGGUUAAGCAUGUUACAGAACAAUCUUGCGCGCGCAAUCAUGUGUCCGUAUUGUUUUUAUCACGAUGGGAGAGAUGACAGGAGAUGAGGACGAAGCCAAUUCCCUUCCUACAUAAAGCGCGUAUAAUUCGUGGAACACGAAUCUCCUUGCGAAUAUUCCGGGUAAGAAUCAAAUACAAGUGAACGGAGCACAGAUUAUACACGUAUAGAGGCCAUAGCGCGAUCAGCCAGUCUAACAUAAUUAUUCUCCUUAGUGUAACGUUGGUUUCAAGUGUACCGCCUGUUACAUUUUAGUAACCACAUCGAUGCUAUUGUGCGUAGAGUUCGCAGAGUUUACGUCGAGAACGUUACUUCGAUAGCGGCUCGAGUGUUUCCUCGCGAUGUGCAAUCUGUUGAUGUUCAAUCUGGUGGAAAAAAAAAUAGCGAGAAACGGGAGUGCCUCCAAUUGAUUGGAUUUGCUAAUCUCAAUACGCAGGUUGGCCAAGUGCUUGGCAUAUAUAUUUUUCAAGAUUCGAGAAAUUAAUAGCGCGGGAGAAAUUUCAAUAUACAUUUCCGAGACGUAGUAUUGUUAACGGGCCUUCUCUUAUACAUUCACUUUUGAGGAACGCUUCAUAAUAUCCUGCAGAUGAGCGAAACACAAAUUGCAGUAGCAUUAUCAAAGUAACACUUUCGGCGGAAUUUUCCGAUGUUGCUUAACGGCGUAAGUGUAUGUGCGUUAGUACAGUAGCAUGUGCAUAUAUAUAUAUACAUAUAUAUAUACACAUAUAUGUAUCUUCGACAUGUUACGUAGUACCGAGGUGUUUAACGAUAACGUCAACAAGCGCACGGUUCCGCGUGUAAACUCAAGCUGCGUAAAAUCGGGCCCCGUGUGCGGCCAAUAUUGAGGCAGAGAUAAUUUUGUCACGAAUAUUAGGUCGACAAUCGACAUACCGCAAUAUGUUGUACGUAUAUUAAUAGUAGGGCGUUAUGUGUAUGUAUUGGUGACAAAAUUAUUGUAUCACGAUAUUUUGUAACAAUAUUGAGUCGUGAUAGGGAUCGCCCAGAGUCCUUUCCGAUUCCAACGAUUCCAAGCAGAACCGCGCUUUCGGUGGAGCCGUUCCCUUUUAAAUUUCUCAUUCAACAAUCACGCGAAACGAUUGGUCAUCGAAAGAAGGAUAUGGAAAAUAUUUCUCGCUUAUUUUUGCUACAUUUCAGAGCAAAUCGGCGUACACGAAUAGGACGAUUUGAUUCCAAUUGGGAUCAUGGGAACGGAAGGGAUGAAACUUUUGCACGCGCGUCGUUGAGGAUUUUCUGAAACGAUCGACGCGGCGUCGCAGCGGCUGCAUCUGCACAAGGUGGCAAAAGCAGUAUUGGUCGGCCAGUCAGUGUUACCUACGAGUUGUUUAGCGAGAGGACGAUGUUACGAUAGACCGGCAGUCGUCGCCCGCCCUUGUUAGGAGAGUCUUUUAUUUUUUCAUACAGCGCUUUGUUUUGUACAGAUUUAAGAUAUAUUUCUCCGUUCGCAAACCUGCUAAGCGCGUGGACCGCGGCGCGACGAGUAACGCGCGUGUACGCGUCGCGUCGCCAGUCAAUAGUUGUAACACAGCAAAACACAGUUAGGCAUAGAUUGUGUGUAGCUAGUUUCUCAAAUCUCUUACGAAAUUACAGGUUUGAGCAGGUUGAAACAAUAAAUGAUCGACUCUAUCCGAGACAAAAAGAAGGAAGAUAAUUACGUAUCUAUAUACAGGCGUGUACGCUCGCACACGCAUAUGAGAAUACACGGAACGAAUUAAGCAGAGGAAAAUUAAAUUAUAACUCUCGUAAAAAAAAAAUAUAUAUAUAUAUAUAUAAAGAAAACGUGGAGGUGUAGCGUAGUAAUCAGGGAACUGUAGGAAUUGCAUUGACUCGCCUCAAUUCUAAUUAUGACUAUUGUUACAGUAACUAUUAACUGAAUUUGACACUCGUCGCCGUGCGGAGGGUGACUCGCGUGUCACGUUACUUGGCUGUGUGUGUUAGGCUACAUCGUAAAAAUCAUGUUCCAUCGUACUUUUCAUCGCUGCACUUCGCAUUAAGCUCCAUUAAACCGGAUGCGAGUCGAGAGAAAAGAAACGGAGAAGAACGCGAAAAAGACGGCAUUCGGAAUCGCGUUUUAUGCCAAGGGUAGAAAGAAAGAAUAGGAUCUUCUGCGUGUCGCCCACACUCCACACCCUUUAGUGCCAUAUCGAACUCUCCCUGAAUCCCUCCCCGUCCAUCUCCUUUCCUUGCCAUCCAUCGGUCACCACACUUGUUAACGUUUAACAGUAGAAACGUGUUGUUAAAGAUGUGUAUUUCCUGCGCGACGCAUGCAGGCCGUUUUCAAUAAAAGUCGGACUAUAUCCUUUAUUUCACGUUAAUACACUAAAUAACGUCGUUAUGGAGCAUAUUACGAGAUACUUUAUUAUACACCUACUCUUACAAUUAGUUUGCAGUACAUGGAAAAUAGAGAUUUUUAUAACAGCCAAGGAUAUUGUAGGAAAGAAAAAAUGAGAAAGAUUAACAUGGAAAUGGUAACGGCCCGUUCUCCAUAUAUAAUAUAUACUGACCGCUGCAAAUUGAGAGGGAUGUUAUUUAGAGGAUACAUUGAUUCCAAUGUUGUUGCGUUACACGUUCGCGUUUCCCGGUUUUACACAGUCAUGCGCCCUGUUCCAGCAUUGUCCUAUAUUUGAUCGGCGGUAAUAAUUAAAGUCAGAGAUGCAGCAGUGUCUAAAUUGAUAUUAAGAUACAUUGUAACAAUGUGCAUAGCAAUUUGGCAAAUUGGAUCGAAACUAAUCAUCGUAAUUGCUGCUGAAAAAGAAGAAACGAGAAAGAUGGAUUAUGUAAGUGUUGUUCCAAGAUCAGGCAAAUUCAACGAUAUUUUAAAAGUCGUUUUAAAAGUCAUUCGCGCAAAAAGAAAAAGAGUUUUAUUAUAGAUGUCCGUAUCGAUGGAUCGAGGGCCUAUAUACCAAUUGACCAAUAACAGAAUAAAAAAAGAAGGAAACACAAGCAUGUAUGUACAAGGAAACUGUUUCAGAUAUAUCACGGUUAAUUAUUGCUUCAGAAAAAAAUGUCUCUAUAUUUGUCUCUGUAAAGUUUCCUCUAAUUGUUAGUUUACUGCCACUUUUUUGCAAUCGUUCGCUAUAAUCAAAUGUUUAAAUGAUAGGGCGAAUUUGCCGAUAGCCAAGGAAAUCAAUGUAAAACGUUAUAUAUAUAUAUGUAUAUAUAUAUAACGGUAAGACAUGUUACACUAAGAUAUCGCUAUAGAGAACGUCAAAAAAAAGAAAAGAGUUUAUUUAUUGCAUCCUAUCGCAUUGAUUGACAAUAGCAGAGACGAAGUUAUUUAUAUAGUACGAAAGUAUAAAGAUAAUAUUAUCGAAGAUCACAAGCACUCGGAAAUCAUUCGAUUAAACGCGACUCGAGAUAAUUCUCAUAUCACGAUAUCUUCGUUUUCCUAAUUGUCAGCGGCAUUCUCAUGAAGUAGCGCGCUAAAGCCCAUCUUUGAUUAAAAAAUUAAAGAGAGAAUAAAGUAAAAUAAUAUUAAUAAUAUAUAUAUAUAUAUAUAUAUACAUACAUGUAAAGGAAAAUUGUGUAUCGAAAACGUAACGAGACGGCGUUACAAUGUCCGCGGUAAUUAGAACACGUUCGUUACGAAAUAAUUAAGAGGGUUGUACAAAAUUGUAUGUAAUGUUAUUUUGUCGGAAGUGAGAAUAUUAAUAGAGUUAGGCUGUUAAUAUGGUAUAUUAUUUUUGGGUAAGCGUAAUGUAAAAAAAAAGAAGAAACUAAGAAAAGAAAGGAUUAAGAGACACUCUCGGACGUGAGAUCGUUGUUGUUGAGCUAGAGGUAGUACAGGUAGCAGCUCGGGGAUUAAAAUGGAGAAUUAAAGAAAAACAGUUAAAUAACAUUAAGUAGCGAGGGAGAAAGAGAAAGUGAGGAAGAGGAGACUAUUGAGUACCUUGUCGAGUAUAAGUAGUCGUAUUGCUAUAAAUCGCAAGUGCACGUGGGUGCGCGUGUGCUCUCAUCCCAAAUGUUCACGAUUCGUUCACACACACAUAUACACACACACACACACACACUCAUACGCAUACACAUUGUAUAAUGUCAAAAGUGCAUGCUUACACGCGAAUAGAAGAUUUUGCAGAGAGAACGAGAGAACGCGCGUUUGCGUUUUACUUUCGCGAUAAGUCUUUUCGUGCGUCACAAUUACGACGUGAAUUAUUAGAGAAAGAGGGAAAAUAGCGUUAUCUUCCAUGAUAUAAUAUACAUAUAUAUAAAUAUAUAUAUACACAAAUAUAUAUAAUCGAGAUAUAUGAGAGCGAAAGAGGAAGAGAGAGAGAGCAGCUGGCUGCGAAGGUACCAUAGAGAGAUUUAUUCGUCUCGCACCGAUGGUGAAAUCACGAUCAAGUAUUGUACCUUACAUUCCUUCGGCUAUAAAGUAAUUUAAGGACAUACACAGAACAUGCAUACACGUACAUACACACGCAUACACACGGCAGCGCGUUUUUCUCAUCAUGCGUUUUAUCGAAUUUGAAUUACACCGCACGCAAUUAGACGAAAAUCCAUUGUCACUCACGACACAUUUUAUCCCGCAAUUGUGUACACACGACAGACGGUUCGGCUUGUUUUUUUUCCUUUUUUUUCUUAAUUGUCGACACGACACGAGAACGACGGUGCAUUACGAGCAAUGGGCAAAAUUGCGUAUUUUUUAAUAUUCCGAGAUGUCUCUCGCCCCUCCGCGAGAGAGGGUGGAGAAAACAGAAGGGUGGGAGAAAAAGGGUAUUGCGAUUCAGAUAAGAAAGAGCUAAGAUUAUCGAUAUUUACGAUAAGUUUUAAGUAAUAAAAAUAAUCGUAACUCUACGGAAGGUACGGAUAUACUUUAGACGAGUAAGCACAGGGACUCGGGAAGACGAGGCGAAAGAUUGUAAUUCCGCUGUUGUCGAUAUACAAUAUCGACGAUACGAACAUCCGUGGUAUGGUUGAUCUUUGUUCCAUCGCGACACUGUAGUAGUAGUCUCGCACAUGAGGAGAAACCGGCCAAGAUACCGAGAGAAUGCCACGGCCGUUUCACCUUUGCGCGAUCUUUCUCGGUCCAUUGUUACGAUCUAAACAAGACGUGUCGACAGUUCUCAAAUGUGAAUCACACGCUUCGAUAUCCAGGCACAUCCUAAACGGAGAAGAACUCUCUCGUCGAGCGAGAAAAAUGUAAUACCAAAAGUCACAAGAGCUGCUAUGUUCCUUUCUCUGAAUUUGCUCUUAUGACGGAAGUCACCGUCAGAGCUUGUUAGCGCGGAGUCAAUUGUUAUUUAUUAGCAAGACCGACAGCCACGUGACUCUUGGCACUAUUUUAUCGUCGCACGAUCUCUGCCGGAUUUCGUUCCACGUGAGACCUGUUAUUCGGUGCUCGAUAAUUCGGGUCCUAAAAACAUGGAAGGACUAUUGCUUUCCGGUCGGAUAACAUUGGAUGAUCGACGAUACCACGGACCUAUGUGGAGUAGUGUUAUAUACGGCAAAGAAUCGUGUGUGAGGCAUUGUACGAUGGGCAAAAGAAAGCAAAACGAGAGACAUGAUUUUAUCAGUGUGACUUUGUCAGGGUACGGAUAUUCGUACGGCUCGUAAAGACUUCGAUAGAGAAUCCUCUAUUUGUUGAUCAAAAAAAAAAGAAAGAAAAGGGAGCGAUGAUACGCGUUUUACUUUUGCACUUUCGCUCGUCGAUGAAGUUUAUCAAUUAUCUGCUGUCCUAACGUGACCGCUUUGGGCACCACUUAUUGUUAUCGAUGAAGUAUAAUUUAGUUCACAGGCAUUUUCUUUUUUCCGAAGGGCUAAUCUUAAUAUUACUUUACACUCUAACCACAUUUAUUUGCAUCCAUAAAUUGUUAUUCUCUUUCAUCAUCAAUUUAUUCCAUUCAAUGUUGAAUAAUUAUAUAAAAAAGAGUAAAGAAGAGAGAGAGAGAAAGAGAGAGAGAGAGAGAGAAAAAGCAAACAGACAAACAUGAUAUAUUAACUAUUUUCACUCAUUGAGAAGCAUCGUUACCUGUAUGACAAGUGACCAUAAUAAGAGCAUAAUAAACAAUCGCUCAUUAAAUGCAUUCUGUUGUUCUUCAUUUCAUGACCUGGCCACCAUCCAUACAUCCAUCCAUUAGUCCAUUCAGUGUCGCAGUAUGAUCAUGUCAUACGCGUUCAUCGUUUCUCAUUCACCAAAAUCUCUCUGGUCUCCCUUCCACAUAUUCGGCCUAGAACGAAACAAGGCGCAAUUUGUAAUUUUGUGGAAAUUCGUAAGGUCCGAGUUACGAGUUUUCGCGUUUGGAGCGUGGAUGAACUGCCGAUGACAUCGAAUUGACAAACCGCGACGAGACGACCCUCCGAAUUUCGACAAAAAAAAAUAGAAGAGAGAGAGAGAGAAAGGGAGAAAAUCAUAGAACGAAGCUGAACGAUUCCGAAAGUAGCGUAGCGUUUAUCGUUAUUAUUUCAAUCUCUAUGAACGCUCAUCGAGUUCGAGAUUUCUAGCUCCGCUUUUCUAGAGAGGGACAGGAAGGCAAUGAUUAAAAAUUAAUAUCUCUAAGGGAGCGCGCCGUUGUUAUAUCUAAUCCAUUAUCAUUGAUAUCAGAUUUUAUUUAGAAAUUUUUCUAAAUAAAAAAUCCCCCCAUUUGUGUGGGUGACGAGACCCUUGCGGAAGCUAAUCUUGUUAUCUAAAUGCGACGAGACAGUCAAAGCGUUUAGGCAGGCGCACAUAUCAAACAUACACAUACCAUAUACACACACGUGAUUUUUUAUAUUUCAUAUUCGAACGAACAUUUGUAUUCUUGUAUAUAACAUAUACACACACACACACACCAUGUGCGUAUCUCGUAAAGGAGAGCACGCCGACAAUUAGCUAAUACACGCGUCUUUGUUUUUUUCCUUUUUUUUCUCUUACAUUCCCUUAGGCGUAUAAUCUCGAGCGUGUAAGAGAUGCCAUUCUAACUAGUCAGUAAAAAAAAGAGAGAAACGAAGGAUUGUAUUUCUUUUACACGACGAAUCUGUAAAUAAGGCAGAGGAGGUAUACCUUUUCGAAGGUGAUAUAUUAGCGGGCAGAAGACCGGUGAUCGAGUUAUUAUCGAUCUAUUUCGAACGAUCUUAUUAUCGAGCUUUUGAUAAAGGGAGAAUGACAUGUAAUGUAAACUGAAGAAGCAACAAAUAAAAAGCUAUUUUUGUACGGAUAA